AGCACGCCGUUAUACGCCGGGGUCUGUUAGUGCCGUGUCCAGCAGAGCUGUAUCACACAGGAAUGCAGGGAUGCUGAGAGGCCGGCGCGUGGAAUGCGCGCGUUGUCACAGCGACAGAGCAGCUUGGAUACAGAGCGUCACAGAGCGCGUGAACGCGCAAAAGAGAGAGAGUGAGAGAUGGGCAAUCAAAAACCUCACAGCAUCUCUCCCAUCGCAAAUGCUCCCCGAAUCACGGGGAAACGACAGCGGAGCCGGUGAGCACCACGACCGCCUUCAGUAGCUGGAGUCAGACGCUCGAGAUGCCGAUAGAUUAAACACGAGACUUCGCUGCUAAAGUCAGCGCAUUACGUCGGCGUUUGUUCCCGGAAAACCGAAAUAAAUCACCUCAAAUACGUUUAAACGGAAAGAGAGUGUUGGUUAGACUCAUAGAGGGGAAAAACGGGUCAUAGAAGUGAAUUCGUGUUUGUUGUUUCGUUUUUCCCCCAUAUGGGCUAUAAUGGGAGAAGCCGGCGGUCGUUUCCAAACAAGCUUUUCUACAGACAAAUCCAACUAGACUUCAUUUAGACGUUGUGUCGAUCGAGCUGCGCGCGUGAACAAUUUUUCACUUUUGAAAUCGUUUCCUCUGAAUCUGUCCUAUGUCUGGGUGUUGUCGGGAGAAACCGUGAAACAUUUCCUGCUGUUCUCGGACAACGGAGAAUCUUUUGGUUUAUUCCGAGCUCAAGCUGAUGGAAUUGCGCUGAGCAACGCUUGAGAAAACGAGGAAAUACCCACAGAGCUCCAAUAUACAGACCUCUGAUUUCUGCCUGCGGCUCAAUCCCAGCCCUCCUCAGCCUGGCUCCUAAAAAGCUCAGAUGAGUUCUAGAGAGGUGCCUUCCUCCCCUUCAACUCUGCAAGGAUCAGCAAUCAUCUGCGUGACCUCUUUAACUGACCCCAUGAGGACGGCUGAGGGAGAUGGAACGUAACAGACUUUUCUUCUUUACUCUCUACUGCAUUUCCACGAUAACGCACCAGGGCUGAGCACAACCUCAGCCCCUCGUCCACCCCAACCCUUCCACAGUCCCCCCAUUCCUGUCCUCCCUCUUGCUCCCUGAAAGACUAAAACAAACCAGCAGGACCACUUUUUCUUGUUCUGUUAUAAUAGUUUAACUUUCCUUUGCCCUUCACCCGUGACAAAGCAAAGCGGAAGUCAAUAAACCGGCGAAGCGAAGAAGGAAAAAACAAGACAGUCAUGUAUCUGCCUCAUGCCUGCAAACGCUAUUUGGGCCAUGCCCGCAAUUCGGAGGCCACCCACGCAAUUACUGUCCUCUGGUUGGCACUGUGGAUCACCUUGGCAUCGUGUCAGCGCAUUGAUCCCGGCUCCAAAUAUCCCACUGUCACCACAAACUACGGCAAGUUGCGCGGGAUUAAAAAAGAGCUUAACAAUGAGAUUCUGGGUCCUGUUGAACAGUACCUUGGCGUCCCCUAUGCCACAGCACCAAUCGGAGACCGUCGUUUUCAGCCACCGGAAGCUCCUGGGUCUUGGCAGGAAGUGCGGAACGCUACACAGUUUGCCCCUGUUUGCCCGCAGAACGUGCAUGGUGUUUUACCUGAGAUCAUGCUGCCUGUGUGGUUUACCGACAACUUGGACGUGGCUGCCACCUACAUUCAGAAUCAGAGCGAAGACUGUCUCUACCUCAACGUCUAUGUGCCCACAGAGGAUGGUCCACUCACAAAAAAACACGAUGAAUCAACACUGAACCGGCCACGAGAUGAAGACAUCCGUGACCGCAGGAAGAAACCAGUCAUGCUGUUCAUUCACGGUGGCUCUUACAUGGAAGGAACCGGAAACAUGUUUGACGCCAGUGUGCUUGCGGCAUAUGGGAACGUCAUUGUAGUCACCAUGAACUAUAGGCUGGGAGUUCUGGGUUUUCUUAGCACAGGAGAUCAGUCUGCUAAAGGGAACUAUGGCCUGUUGGAUCAAAUCCAGGCCUUGCGUUGGCUGAAUGAGAAUAUUGGACACUUCGGUGGCGAUCCUGAACGGAUCACUAUCUUUGGAUCUGGGGCUGGAGCAUCUUGUGUCAACCUACUCAUCCUGUCCCACCACUCUGAGGGCCUGUUUCAGAGAGCCAUUGCUCAGAGUGGUUCAGCCAUCUCCAGCUGGUCCAUUAGCUACCAGCCCUUGAAGUACACUAAGAUUCUGGCCCGUAAAGUGGGAUGCACAUAUGGGGAGACCGCAGACCUGGUGGACUGUCUCCGCAGGAAAAAUUUCAGAGAGUUGGUGGAUCAGGACAUCCAGCCGGCCCGCUACCACAUUGCAUUUGGACCUGUGAUGGACGGAGACGUUGUGCCAGAUGACCCCGAGAUCCUGAUGCAGCAGGGGGAGUUCUUGAACUACGACCUUCUGAUUGGUGUAAAUCAAGGAGAGGGGCUGAAGUUUGUGGAUGAGGGGGGCACUGAGAGUGAAGAGGGCAUUUCAGCUGCAGCUUUUGACUACACCAUCUCCAACUUUGUGGAUAACCUCUAUGGAUAUCCUAAAGGUAAAGACAUCUUGAGGGAGACUAUUAAGUUCAUGUACACAGACUGGGCAGACCGAGACAAUGGGGAAAUGCGGCGCAAGACUCUCCUGGCAUUAUUCACUGAUCACCAGUGGGUGGCGCCAGCCGUCGCUACUGCCAAGCUCCACGCGGAGUACCAGUCUCCCGUGUACUUCUACACCUUCUAUCACCACUGCCAAACAGAGACUCGGCCCGAAUGGGCAGACGCUGCACACGGGGAUGAGAUACCAUAUGUGUUUGGUGUGCCCAUGAUCGGAGCGACAGACCUCUUCCCUUGCAACUUUUCCAAAAAUGAUGUUAUGCUUAGCGCUGUGGUGAUGACAUACUGGACCAACUUUGCCAAGACCGGGGAUCCCAACUUGCCUGUUCCUCAGGACACCAAGUUCAUCCACACCAAGCCCAACCGCUUUGAGGAAGUGAUCUGGACCAAGUUCAACUCCAAAGACAAGCAGUAUCUCCACAUUGGCCUGAAGCCGCGCAUCCGGGACAACUACCGAGCAAAUAAGGUUGCCUUCUGGCUGGAACUGGUUCCUCACCUCCACAACCUUCACGAGGAGGUCUUCAGCACCGCCACAACCCGGCUGCCUCCAGGAACCGCCCGUACCCCACACUGGAAGGGUCAGGGACCCCGAACGACACGCCAUCCCAUCCCAACCUUCCCUUCAGAACCGGACCCAGACAGCUCAGAGCCCCCUCGAUUCCCUCCCUUCCCAAGCGACACCCGGGACUACUCUACAGAACUGAGCGUGACGGUAGCUGUCGGCGCAUCGCUCCUCUUCCUCAACAUCCUUGCCUUCGCCGCACUUUACUACAAACGCGACAAACGGCACGAGGUGCGACGGCACCGCUUGUCCCCGCAGCGAGGCGUACCUGCUAAUGACUUAGCACACAGCCAAGAGGAAGAGAUCAUGUCCCUGCAAAUGAAGCACUCGGAGCACGACGCCCACCACGACAUGGAGCCGUUGCGACCGCAUGAUAUUUUACGCCCCGCAUGCCCACCCGACUACACACUGGCACUGAGGCGGGCGCCCGACGAUGUUCCGCUCAUGACCGCCAAUACUAUCACCAUGAUUCCCAGCACCAUUACUGGCAUGCAACCCCUCCAUGCCUUCAACACCUUCCCUACAACCACCGGCCACAACAACACCUUACCCCACCCUCACUCCACCACCCGUGUAUAG